AUGUGUCUAGAAAAAAAAAAUAAAUUAAUUCAUUAUUAUUAUUAUUAUUAUUUUAUAGUAAUAUUAAUAAUUGUAUUCACGUGUAACGACAUAACCCUAAUUAAUUGUUUAGAAAAUGUUAAUAAAAAAACAUUUUAUUACGAUGUUGAUAAAUUAUUAAUUAAUAAUAACAACGAUACAGUUAAUAAUAAUAAUAGUAGUGGUAAAAUCGAAGGUGAUGAUGAUGAUGAUUACGUAGAAAUAAAUGAAAAUUUUACGUGGCCUAUCGUAGCUAAAUGUUGCCAAUUAGGUUUUGGAUAUUCUUUUGAUACAAAAUCAACCUGUAUAGAAACAGAUGACGAGUUUAUACCUGAUUUCGAUGAUCGUCCUGAUUAUUUAGAAACGGCUAAAGAAUUACCGAUUGAAUCGAGGUACGAAUAUUACAUUGGAGAUCCUUGUUACGAUGGAAAGUAUAUAUUGGAUGGAUCUACGUAUUCGUACGACGAUUAUAAAAUAUAUUCAAACGGAAGUCUUUUAUAUCUCGAUGAUGUUUAUGAUAAAGAAGAAUUUUGUAUGGAAACCGUUAAUUCCACCCUGAGAGUUUUCAUUUGUUUUGGUAUAAUAAAUCAAAAAACAGAAUUUAAAAAAGAUUUUAAAUUUAUUUUAUAUGCAACAGGAUUGUUAAUAUCAGUGCCUUUUUUAUUAACAACAGCAUUUAUUUAUUUAAGUAUUGAUUUAUUAAGGGAUUUACGUGGGAAAUCAUUAUCCUGUCACGUGAUUUGUUUGGCAAUCGGUUAUUUAUUUUUAGCACUCGUACAAUUAUUUUCAGAUCAAUUAAACGAAGAGAUAUGCAUUGCAUCAGGUUUUCUCAUACAAUAUUUUUUCGUAUCGGCAUUUUUUUGGUUGAAUGCAAUUUGUUACGAUACCUGGCGUUGUAUAAAAAAUGAUUUUUGUUGCAUAUACAAACCGAUAAAUGUCAAAUCUGAAAAAAUAAUGUUUUGUUACUACGUCAUCUAUGCAUUUUACGGUCCUUUAGUACUUUCGAUAGUAUCAUUAAUUAUGGAUUUGGAACCUACCAUACCUGAAUCAUAUUUAAAACCACAUUUCGGAUUUCAUUCUUGUUGGUUUUACUCUGAUGCUGCUGCUUUACCUUAUUUUUACGGACCCAUUGGAGUUUCAGGUAUAACGAUAUUUUAUUUAUUCGUUUUGAGACCUCAAUGCGUACGUAAAGAAGUUAAUAGAAAAAUAAGAAAAUUAUGGAUAAAAAUAAAGACGUGCGAUUUAAAUAAAGAAGAAUCUAAACGUGUUAGUCAACAACAUUGGCAUUCGCAAAACAAUGAAAUGUUAGAUACGUGCUCAAAUCAUGAAAACAAUAAAUUUAUCAAUGUAUCUCUUGAAUUGCAUUAA